UCUGUAGCAAUUCCGGGCUUUCAACCCGUAGGUAGAUGACCAUAGCUAUAUGCUGUAUGUAAAGCAAAUCAGUAUCCACUUUUUGGUACUUGACGUUAAACACUAUAACACAGAUCAUAGCAAAAUAAUGUCGAGUCAAGACAGCGACUCAGAAGGCGUGGAUGCCUUGGAGGACUUCAAAGCACGACUACAGGCACCGUCCACCAAACAGCAUAUGCAAACCGAGACGCAGUCAAAUGAAGCUUCAACGACCACGACUUUCCAGUCGCUGGGAGUGUGCCCGGAAUUAUGCAAGGCGUGCCAGUCCAUGGGAUGGCAGGCACCCACCCCUAUACAAAUGGCCGCCAUACCACAUGCACUUAAUGGCCGAGAUGUGAUCGGCCUUGCUGUGACGGGCUCAGGGAAGACUGGCGCAUUCACAAUACCAGUGCUGCAUCACCUGCUCGAAGAUGUACAAAGGAUAUAUUGUGUUGUGCUCGCACCCAGCAGGGAGCUCUGUGAACAAAUUGCCGAACAGUUCCGAGCACUGAGCAGCUCUAUCGCAUUGCAGGUCUGUGUCAUCAUAGGUGGAGUGGACAUGGUACAUCAAGCAUCGGCAUUGGCAAAGCGACCUCACGUCAUUGUGGCAUCACCCGGCAGGUUAGCUGACCAUGUGGAAAAUACAAAGGGAUUCUCUUUGUCCACAGUCAAAAAGCUGGUUAUCGAUGAGGCAGACCGCCUCCUAUCGCAAGAUUUCGAUGAAGAACUAGAUAAAAUCAUACACGCAAUGCCCACCGAGAGGCAGACGUUCCUGUUCUCCGCAACUAUGACAAAGAAACUAAGCAAACUGCAGAAAAUGGCGCUGAAGGAUCCCAUAUCAGUACAAGUAGAUGAUAAGUAUAGUACUGCAGAGAACCUGGACCAGCGUUUCUUACUCGUGCCCCAAAAAUACAAGUACACAUAUUUGGCUGCACUACUGUGGUACUAUGCGACACGCACUGCCAUAGUAUUCUGCAAGACCUGCGACGGCGCCCAGAGGUGCGCUGCGUAUCUCAAGGGACUGAAAUUCACAACUGUAUGCUUGCAUGGGAAAAUGACACAGGCCGACCGUUCCAGAGCCCUGCAAAUAUUCAAAACAGGCUCAGUAAACAUUCUAGUUGCAACCGAAGUCGGUGGACGUGGAUUAGAUCUGCCCAUGGUCGAACUUGUAAUCAAUUUCGAUAUCCCAGAGUGCUCCAAAGACUAUAUACACAGGGUUGGACGCACUGCACGAGCGGGAAGGUCAGGGUUGGCCUUGACAGUAGUCACACAGUAUGAUGUCGAACUGUUCCAACGCAUAGAACUGGCACUCAACAAGAAACUAGAGGAAUUCACGGAUCUGGACGAAGACACUGCUCUGGCAAAGCAUGCUCUCUGUGCCGAGUCCCUACGUAGGGUACAGUCUGAAAAAUUGAAUCACAAGGGAAGAACGAACACCAACAAACGAGUUAGCAAGUUCCAAGCAAAAUACGAAGCAGCAAAACGCAAAAGACUAUAAACA